CGCGAGACGCGACGGUCGUGCCGCCAUGCUACUCGCGAUCAUCGUCUGCGCAGAAUUAUUUCAAGUUUAUGCUGCUAGAUUUAACUAUACCGACCGCAGCAUCCGAGCUAUAGAUCCACUAGACCCCGGGGGCUGCUACCACGAGGGCCGCUGGCACGCCGCCGGCGCGCCCGUUCGCACGCGCGCUGCGUGCCUGCGCUGCACGUGCGUGCGCGGCGUGCUUGCGUGCGCGCGCAGAGCGUGCGCGCUGCUGCCGGACCCGCCACCAAGGUGCCAUGUGCUGCAUAGGAAGGGGUCUUGCUGUCCAGAAUUGCAUUGUCCAGAUGGGGUGAAGUUGAUGGAGCUUGGCGCAUCAGCGCGGUUCGAAGACGAAGACUUCUCGGAGACAACUUCCAUCUCGUCAGUCGGACAUGCGUGCGUGGAGGGCGGCUCCGUGUUCGGCGCGGGGUCAGCGCUCGCGCCGGGCGUGGCGUGCGAGCAGUGCUUCUGUCUGGGCGGCGCGCGGCGUUGCGUGAGGCCUACGUGCUUACCACCACCGCGAGGAUGCGUCGCGCGGCCUGCCCCAGGAGCGUGCUGCCCUCAGAGAUACUACUGCUCACAUGAACCACCAGCGCAUGGAACACACGACUGCAAGGUAGAAGACGCUUGGUACAAAGAAGGCGAGCGCAUAACGUCAGCCGAACGCGCCUGCACCCAAUGUUUCUGCCUGCGCGGUGCAGUGCGCUGCCAGCCUCUGUCAUGUGCACCGCCUUUACUAGGCUGCAAGCCACUCCUCCGGCCUGGCGAGUGCUGCCCUCAUCAAUACCACUGUGCACAUGUCGCUAUCAGGAUAUCUAUUUUUGUUUCAGAAUCUCAUCCGUUGCUAUCCAGCAAUUCACUAAUAUCAGUGCGGAAUGACGACCGCUCACUUCACACAUCCGAGUCAAAUAAAGUUGAAUCAUCAACAACCUCUACUAGUACAUCGACAAAAGCAAAUUCUACAAGUAUUACAACAAGUACUACAAAUACUACAACGAAUUCUCCCACGACUUUAGCUACCGAAAAAGCACCUGUCAGCACAAGCAAAGUAAAAAGAAAAACUGAUGAACUACAAGCAAACACCACUAAGAACUCAGUCCAAAAUAUAACAUCAACAACUGAAUUGCCUUCUACGACAUUUGUCAGUACCACUGAAAAGCUAGUCCGAUCUAAUUUUGAAACUUCAACAAUGGAUUUACCAGAACCAGAAUAUUUUUCUGAGCAUGAAGAUUUACCCGAAACUACAUCAACAGAACAACCAGAAGGCUCAGUCAGGAUUGUUAUUAAUGGUACCAUCAACUGUACAGCAGAACUGUCUUCGACAUCAUUGCCAUUAAAUUUGACAGUCAAUGAUACUGAACGAAUUAAGAUGGAAGCGCAACCUCGAAUACCAAUCCUAACGAUAGGGAAUACAGAGAGCCACACCUUCAACCCUAACGAUAUUAUAACUGACAGAAGUGUAAAUGGAGAAUUUGAUGACAAUGAGAUGUUUACCAUCAACGUGACUAGUUCUCUAUCUACCAAUUCUUCCCGUGUUACUACAGGACCCUCAAUUUCGACAGUGUCAAAAAUAGCAGCACCAACUGACCUACCUUCGAUUUCAAAUAUGUCAAAGAAAACUAAUGAAUUUGAUUUUGAUUAUGCUGAGCCCACAUUGCCUCCAUCUCUACCUAAUUUAAAGAUCAUUCCAUUUGUAGCAGCGGAUGCUGUUGUGGACGAAGAGUCCCCAAAAGAAGUGCUCACAUAUCCAGUACUCGAGAGAGAGGACAAAUACCCCGUAUAUUACCCAACCCUAGAAGGCAAAGAUAUUCCAUUUGCCACAAGACGAGAAGACAUUUACCAUCCUACGCAAUACCCAGUUUUCACCUCAGAGAAGGUGGACACGUCACAAUACCCCGCUCUAAGUCACGAAGUUGACAUAACUAGUUCUGACUACUCCUCUGCCAAUAAUAACUUGCUGCAUGAACACACGGUAUCUGCGUCUUUGGGAUCGCAAGCAUUGGAACUUAACAAAGCUGUCACCAAAAUACCAAGUACAAGCACCACGUUCAAGCUGGAAACACCGUCUAUCAACUUAUUUUCGCCUCCCGUUGAGACUGAAGGUGGAUUUAUACCAAAAGGACCAGGAAUUAUCGACGAGUACUAUGCAGUAUAUCCUAGCACACCUUCCGCGCCUUCUGUGCCGCAUCUGACCACUUCAAUGCAACUGGAUACUGGAAAAGAUUGCUUAACGGCCGACGGGCACCGCGUGCCCGAAGGUACGACCAUGGACCUGAUGUGCUCCGUGUGCUCUUGCACCUGGGGGAAGAUCCACUGCAGCCCCCGCGCCUGCCUCGCGCCUGAUGGCUGCUACUACAACCCUGAACUACACUCUUCCACGGCAGAUGUCUGCUGCGGUGAACUCGUUUGCGUUGAGGAAAAAGAAAGUACAACGACUACAACAUCCACAACAACUACCGAAAAGAUUUCAAUAAAACCUACUGAAAAUACAAAUCACAAUGCAAACAAAUCAGUUGACAAAAUUAUUACACAAAAUAAGACAGUAAUAGGAGCCGAAUUGGUUUCUAAACUGGAAAGCGACAAUUCUACAAAUGAAGUAGCUACAACAGUUGUAAGUGAAAAAGUUAAUAACGAUAAACAAAACACGAGCACUACGCCAGUGACGGUAAACGCACCGACAUCAACUGAAGCAAUAUUCAAUACCCCAACAACAUCGACUGCAGCACCUGAAUAUGAGGUCAAUCAAACACACUUCCCUUCUCAAGAUUACGAAGAAGAGGAUGAUGACGAAGGAUUUUCCUUUGGCAGUGUUCUGAAACUUCUACUUAGCGAUAGUUACGAUGCAACUACGGCUGCACCUCAGAAAAAGAAACCUGUUAUUACAACGACUAAAGUACCGCCUACUAGAAAUCCUCCAAGUCCUACAAAAAUAAUCCCACCUCCCAUUAGAACGACCUCUACCACUAGAACCUCCACGUUUAAGAUAACCAACACUCCGCAACCAACCAGCUCCAUAGAACCACCUAAGCCGGCCAUAGCUCCAUUCGUCCCUAUGCCUCACCACUAUCCUUACCCAUACCCGCCGCCGAAGAAGACCUUCCAGCAAAACACUGUGAACAGGAUAGACCACCUCGUGCUUGGAGAAGCGACUGCCAUCAGAAAACCGUCACCACGCCCUAUACCCUUCAAACCGGUAUCCCCAAAGCUAACGACACAGAAACCCACAACUACUACAAGAAAAGAGAUUCAAACAUCAUCUCCGGAACGAGCUCCAGCGAAUGUGUUGCCAGGAGUAGGAGGUUUGAAACUGGCUGGAUGUAAUAUCUAUGGACGCAUGUACCGCGUGGGCAGGAUCAUAGCAGAGCUGUCCACGCCUUGCCAGGAGUGUCGUUGCACGGAGCUCGGUGUGCAGUGUCGACCACUCGCUUGUUAAGAAUCUAGCGAUGUUUUCAACUGCUGUCCCCAACUAAAAAAAAAAGAAUAGAAGAAUAUUCGUACU